AUGUCACGAACGGACGAAGUCAACAAGAUGACGGAAAAUGUCUAUAAGGGCAUUUUGGACCACUUUAACCCCAGUUUGAAAAAUUUUGUCACAAUGGGCAAACACUAUGAGAAAGCACUCACAGGAGUGACUGUAGCGGCAAAAGGCUACUUUGAUGCUCUGGUCAAGCUGGGAGAGCUGGCUAGCGACAGCCAAGGCUCCAAGGAGUUGGGAGACACAUUGUUUCAGAUGGCUGAAGUCCACAGACAGAUCCAGGUGCAGCUGGAAGAUGUGCUCAAGUUGUUUCAUUCCGAACUGCUGGCCCAGCUGGAGCAGAAGCUGGAACUGGACAUCAAAUACCUCACCGCCACGCUGAAGAAGUACCAGACCGAGCGUCGAACCAAAACCGACUCUAUCGAGCGUUGUCAGUCGCAGCUGAAGAAGCUACGGAGGAAGAGCUUGGGAAGCCGUCACCCUAAUAAAUAUGGUGACCGGGAGAUGCAGUUUGUGGAGUUGAUGAGCCGGCGCCAAGUGGAGCUGGACACGCUGGUCGCUACGGGUUACAGGUCGGCGCUCACCGAAGAGAGGAGGAGAUACUGCUUCCUGGUGGACCGGCAGUGUUGUGUGACCAAGCUGCUCAUCAACUACCAUUGCAAGGUGCGAGAGCUCCUUUCACAGAAACUGUCUUCAUGGCAGCAGUCUUGCACACAGCCGACCAAGCUCCCAGAACGUGCGCUCAACCUGCUCCGUCACACGGCACCGCAGACCUCCGGAGCCGCCGGAAUCGCCGAAGUCCUCCGACAUACCAAGCUAGGCUGCGCUCAGUCGGAGCAGAGGCUGUCAGUUCAAGAAGUCCCGCCUCUGUUAAACGGCGACCGCUCCCAGCAACAACAGCGAGCGGUCACGUCCUCUCAGAACGAGGAAAAUCCUCAGAGCUCUCCCCAGACAUUUCGACAUGUAACCGCCGGCGAAUCCGGCGGCGCGUCCCCUCGGCAAAGGUGCUCCCCUCUCACCGUAUCGGCGGGAGGCGCCCCGGCGGACAGCAGUACCAGCGGAAGUGCCAGCCCGGGAGCGUCCACGCCCACCGGCGCCCAGUCGUCCUCUCUCCUCAUGGCGGCCAACACCAGCAACCUCUCGCCGAGCCUCAUCCCCUCCACAGUCAUGUCGCUUAGCCAGGUGUCCACGAGCGGCGGUUCUUCAGAGGGGGUCACCCUGGCCAUACCGCACAGUGCCCCCCACAGCCCCCCGCUUCCUCACAGCGCCCCGAUGUCUCGGGCCAUGACCCCUGUGCAGCUGCUGCACCAACAGGUGGGACCAGGGGGGAACAACACUCUACCCUCUGCUCACCCGUGGCUGAUGAAGUCUGCUGAAAUGUGCGCCACGGCUACUCUUCCGCUACCCAAGAGGCCCGGCAUUGAAAUGAGACUGGGUGGCUUUCAAGGCCCCAGAAUAGGUGCUCUAUCUGGGCCCACACGCGUGGAGGCCAUAUUCGCUCACUCGCCCGGCACUUCAGAAGUCGGAGGAGGCGGUGCUUCCUUGCUGACAUUCCUGCCCGCCGACAGCAUCACCCUGCUGAUUUCUGAGCCGAGAGACGGCUGGCACUACGGGCAGAAUGAUCGAACCGGACGGAAAGGCUGGUUCCCUUACUCCUAUACCCAGCCACAAUUUAGAACGGAUCACAUUGAGAGCUCUUUCUUCUUAUCCAAGGCCAACAGUACCAGCAUGAGCCAGCUGGACCAGCUGGUGUCCCCGGCUCUCACCCCUGAGUCAGAGGAGGACCGCUCCCUACCCCCGCAGAGGAUCAGCACUUUUCGACCACGCCCGUACAGCAUGGCCGACACCAACAAGAUCUGUGCACAGUUGGCCGCCUCGCCACCAUCUCCAACUAGGACCAACCCGUUUGCCCACGUUCGUCUCCGAAGAACGGUUACCAACGAUCGUUCGGCCCCCAUCAUCGAGUGA